AUGUACUUCUUCCUUCUCAAUCUCUCCUUCCUUGACCUGGGUGCCAUCUCCACCACCGUGCCAAAAUCCAUGGACAAUUCCCUGAGGGAUACCAGGGACAUCUCCUAUGCAGGAUGCAUUCUCCAGUUUUUCUUUUUCACAUUCCUAAUCACAGCAGAGUAUUUUCUCCUCACCACCAUGUCCUACGAUCGCUAUGUUGCCAUUUGCAGACCCCUGCACUAUGAGACCCUCCUGGGCAGCAGAGUUUCUGUCCACCUGGCAGCAGCUGUCUGGGCCUGUGGCUUUCUCUAUGGACUGCUGCACACAGCCAAUACAUUUUCCCUGCCCCUCUGCCAGGGCAAUGCUGUGGACCAGUUCUUCUGUGAAAUCCCCCCGAUCCUCAAGCUCUCCUGCUCCACAUCCUAUGUCAGGGAACUUUGGCUUCUUAUGGUCGGUGUCUGUUUAUACUUUGUCUGUUUCAUGUUCAUGGUGGUGUCCUAUGUGCAGAUCUUCAGGGCAGUGCUGAGGAUCCCCUCUCAGCAGGGACGCCACAAAGCCUUUGCCACCUGCCUCCCUCACCUGGCUGUGGUCUCCCUGUUUGUCACCACUGGCUUCUUUGCCUACCUGAAGCCCUCCUCCAUGUCCUCUCCAUCCCUGGACCUGGUGGUGUCAGUUGUGUACUCAGUGGUGCCUCCAGCAGUGAACCCUCUCAUCUACAGCCUGAGGAACCAGGCGCUCAAGGCUGCCCUGAGCAAA